UCCCACAGUCAGCAGUCAGUGGUUUUCGGGUUGAGCCGACUUCUUUUGGCUGCCGUGAGUUCACUGUAUUGUAUAGGCUACUGUGAAUCGUAGGAGGAGGGGGGUUACGCUGCCAAAAAGAUCUCCCAGUGGCUUAUUAAUCACAGUAUCGACGAUCACAAAAUAUCACGGCGUCUCCGUUUUUUAUAAAUACAAUUUUAUCGUUUUUAUUAAUUUAUUCUAUUUCCCUUAGUUUAUGGUUUGCGUUUUAACACUCCGGGAGGGCAGAAAUGGCGGCCAACAUGUACCGGGUCGGAGAUUAUGUGUUCUUUGAGAACUCCUCCAGUAACCCUUACCUGAUCCGCCGGAUAGAAGAGCUCAACAAGACGGCCAGUGGGAACGUGGAGGCCAAGGUGGUGUGCUUCUACAGGAGGAGAGACAUCUCCCACAGCCUCAUCCAGCUUGCAGACAAACAUGCAAAGGACUUGGAAGAGGAGAAGGAGAACCCGACAGAGACGGAGCUAACAGACAAACAAAAACACCAACUUCGCCACAGAGAGCUCUUCCUGUCCCGGCAGUAUGAGAGCCUACCUGCAACACACAUCAGGGGGAAAUGCAGUGUGGCAUUAUUGAAUGAGACUGAAGCAGUUCUUUCAUACCUUGACAAAGAGGAUACCUUCUUCUACUCCCUGGUGUACGACCCGACACAGAAGACCCUGCUGGCUGACAAGGGCGAGAUCAGAGUGGGACCGCGCUUUCAGGCAGACGUACCUGAAAUGCUACAAGAGGGUGAGGCAGAUGACAGAGACCAGUCUAAGCUCGAGGAGAAGCUGUGGGAUCCAGAGUGUCCUCUCACCAAUAAGCAGAUAGACCAAUUCCUAGUGGUGGCACGGGCGGUCGGAACCUUUGCCCGAGCGCUGGACUGCAGCAGCUCAGUCAGACAGCCGAGCUUACACAUGAGCGCAGCUGCAGCCUCGCGAGAUAUCACACUGUUCCAUGCAAUGGACACACUCCAUCGUCAUGGUUACGACCUGUCCAGCGCACUGAGUGUGUUGGUUCCAGCGGGCGGCCCAGUGCUGUGCAGAGACGAGAUGGAGGAGUGGAGCGCCUCCGAGGCCGGAAUGUUCGAAGAGGCACUGGAGAAAUAUGGCAAAGACUUCAACGACAUCCGACAAGACUUUCUGCCGUGGAAGUCUCUGACCAGUAUCAUAGAGUACUACUACAUGUGGAAGACCACAGACAGAUAUGUGCAGCAGAAGAGACUGAAGGCAGCAGAGGCAGAAAGCAAACUGAAGCAGGUUUACAUCCCCACAUAUAACAAGCCCAAUCCCAACCAGAUCUCAAUGACCAAUGGGAAGAUGGCGACAGUAAAUGGGGCGGGGCCAGGGGCCUACCAUGCGGCAGGCGGGGGCAGAGCCUGCGAGAGCUGCUACACCAUGCAGUCAGCCCAGUGGUACUCGUGGGGGCCUCCCAACAUGCAAUGCCGCCUGUGUGUGUCCUGCUGGAUGUACUGGAAGAAGUACGGGGGCUUGAAGAUGCCAAGCAGAGCAGAGGGACCAGAGGAAAGGACCUCCCCCAGUCCUGCAGGCAAUGAGCCUCGUUCGCGGGGUCACGCCCCUCGCCAGUCCAGCCACAUGGUGCCAGUGCGCAACAGCGGCAGCCCCAAGUCCUCCAUGAAGACCAAGCAGGCCUUCCUGCUGCAGGCCACCCGCCUCACCAAGCUGGCCCGGCACAUGUGCCGUGACAUCAUCAGGCUGCGCCGUGCUGCGCGCCGGCCCUUUGUCCCCAUUAACUGUGGGGCCAUAAAGGCAGAGUAUAUGUUAAGGGUCUCGGAGGGGCAGGGGACCCGACUGCCGAAAACCAGGGCCGCCCCACGGAGCACUCUGACCAGUGUUCUGCAGUUCCUAGAGUCGCGUCCAGCAGCCCACGCCCCACGCUCCCACCGCACCCCUGGCCUGCAGGCGCCGCCCCCUCGACGCCUCCUCUCCUCACUCCCACACGGGCCCCACGGAAUGCUGGGAAAACGUAGCUACCACCACCACAGCAGGACUGAGCCAGAGAGACGUUCUGAAAACCCUGGCUCCACAGGUGGGCCUGUCCUGCACAAUGGCCGCAACAGCAGCAACAGCAGCACCCGGGGCGGAGUGAUGAUGCGCAAGAGACGCCCCAACUGGAUCGACGCCCCCGACGACAGCUUCUUCCUCGUCACCCGGGAGACCAGGAGGGCCAGACGGCUGCUGUCCAGGUCCCAGCUGAGGCGCGCCUGCCGACAGCCAUGUGAGCAGAUCACCCUGCGUAGGGUCUCCCAGGGCCCGCCGCAGGGGCUGGUCCUGGCCCCACCGCACCCCCACCCCAGCCUGAGGAUGCGAGGCCCCAUCGUCAUCCACGACUGAUCCACUUGAUGGACC